CCUUGUCCCGCCCCUCCGUGAAAACAGCAGAUGCUCCAUUUUGUUUGAUUUUCUAGUUUGCGGUCACUGUUGAUAGAAAGAAAGAAAACACCUCACAGACAACGGGUCAAAGAUACACACAGCAUCAAAAAUGAGCGGAUGUCGUAUUUUCAUCGGGCGGCUGAGUCCGUCUGCGAGAGAGAAGGAUGUGGAGAGGUUCUUUAAGGGAUACGGCCGCAUCCGGGACAUCGACCUGAAGAGGGGCUUCGGCUUUGUGGAGUUCGACGACCCCAGAGAUGCUGAAGAUGCCGUUUAUGAGCUUGAUGGCAAAGAGUUGUGCAAUGAAAGGGUGACCAUUGAACACGCCCGUGUGCGCCUGCGUGGCGGUCGUGGCAGAGGAGGCAGCGGCGGCAAUGGAGGAGGUCGAUUCUCUGAUCGCUAUGGUCGAGGCUCCCAGAACAGUCGGAGCCGGAACCCUCCUCCGAUGCGCACGGAGAACCGCCUGAUAGUGGAGAACUUGUCCUCUCGCGUCAGCUGGCAGGAUCUGAAAGAUUUCAUGAGACAAGCUGGAGAGGUGACAUUUGCAGACGCACAUCGCCCCAAGCUCAACGAAGGGGUUGUUGAGUUUGCUGCUUAUGGUGAUCUGAAAAAUGCUCUUGAGAAACUGUCUGGAAAGGAAAUCAAUGGCAGGAAAAUUAAGCUCAUUGAGGCAGCAAAGAAGAGGUCGAGGAGUCGCUCCCGGUCUGAGAGCUCCUCUCGCUCUCGCUCCCGAUCUCGUGGACGCUCACCAUCUCGCUCCCCCCGGCGUUCCCGCAGCCCCGCCAAGGCCAGCAAUCGUUCCCGCUCUCGCAGCCGCUCGCCAGCCGGCGGAGCCUCCUCCCCAACCCCCAAAUCGAAGGAGCCCCCAAAGAGAUCCUCCAAGACGAGCAAGUCAGCCACCCCGCCCUCCCCUAUGCCUGCUCAGAGAGCGUCCGUCUCUCGCUCGCGCUCCCGCUCACGUUCCCGCUCUCGUUCUCCCUCCACUGACAGCCAACGCUAAAACCUACGUUUAAGGUAAACAGGAGUCAACAGCAGAAACAGCUUUCACGAUUAGAAUCAGAAUGGAGGAGAAGAGCACAUUGGAGCUCUCAUUACCUCUUCUGACCGCAGUUUUCCUCGAGUACUCGAGUAAUGUUUUUUUUUUUUUUAUGUUUUGUCAAUACUAUGUUUGUGUAGCUUUUUAGAUUUCAAACUACACAUGCUGAAAAAAUGAUAUUCUAAUAUUUUUCUCCCCAUAGGGCAUUUUAUAAUUAAAAUAAACGUACAAAACAGACCACACAUUUUAUUAUUCUCCUCAUUUCCUGCCAUUUUUAGACCCAUUUAUGUUUUGACUACCUGUGACUCCGCCCCUCUGAGUGAACCCAUCCAAAUAGACUGCUGGUCCAGUUCUGCUGCACCGCCGUGUCCUCUCUUAAAGUCGCUUAAAUUAUCCGGCUGAACCAGGCUCGCUGCCAUUGGCUCCGUAGAGUAAGUCAUCUCUAUACUUUAAAAUCUUAGCAGAGGGAAUCUGUUGUUUUUUUUGUUUUUUUAGCAUCAGCAGGAUCCUUCUGAUAAGCUACAUGACCACUUUCUUUACUUUGUGUGCUCAUUCUGCUGUUAGUGGGAAACUUUUCGUAUCAUUUUCGAUUUUUGUCCGUAUCACCCACAUUUUCAAAGUCCUUGAACCUCUUUUUUUCUGUAUUUUCUGACCCACUGUACCUACCACAGCUGGUGUAAGUCAUACCGAUACCUUUUUGAUGCUUGCAUGUGCUUUUCUUUGAACAGAGUUUAGACUCAUUACUAUUGAAAAUAUCUUCUCUGUGCAUAAAGCUCAAAUACAAGCCACCAUUCUAACUGGCAUUGGCAGCUUCAGUGUAAAGGGCACUGUACAGUAACACACUAUUACUGCAUUUGAUGAGCUAUUCAGUAAUAAACUGUAAAUUCCAUUUUCUUGCAGUUGACAGUUGAAUUUUUACUUUGUUAGAAGAUGUUAAAAAAGCAAAAAAAAAAGUCCAUUUGGGAUAAGGUCAACACUUUAAUGUGAGCACUUUAAGUGGUGUAACUUUAAAGAAUGCAGUUUAUUUGAGCAUUGUGUGUUUUUUUUAAUUUAGUUGAAAGGUUUUGUGUACAGCAUCGCAAACUUGUGUGGCAUAAGUGUAUAAUGUAAUUCCAAGAAUGCUUGUUGGUCUGUGUCUGAUGUUUCUGUGCUUCGAAUGAACACGUAGACGAAGAGUUCAGAAAACAUUUUUGUACAUAAGGAUUUUAUUUUCAGUGAAAAACAUUGGACGUUUGUAUGGUGUAAGGAAGACAAUGGACGUAAACAAUAAAAAAAAA